AUGCAUGCAUUUGGCGAAAGGUUUCGAACCUUCGACUGUACGGGACCAAAGUCCGCCGCCUUACCAGUCGGCCACGCCGCUGUGGAAUUACCUCACUUAAGCCCAAGAAAACCAGCCGAUCUCCCUCAUUUUCCUGGAGCAGCAGCACCUCUCUCCCACUCUCAAGCAGCAAUCCCGCGGGAGGAAGAAUCGGCGGCUCUACUGUGCAUAACCCCAAUCGACCAGAUUUCCGGCGAAAGCAGACAAUUCCGGCGAGGGCGAGCCAAACAAUUCGCGGGCCCUUUUGUCGCGGCCGAGAUAAGCGACCAUCCGACGGACCGAGCGACCGGACAUAGGAGCGACCGAAGGCCGGCGUUCGUUAUCGAGACGCGAGCCACCAGAUUUCAGGCGAGCCCUCACGGUGGAGACCCUUCAUCCGACGACAGAGGCAAGCUUUUCACCUCUCACGUUCGGCGACCAGAGAUCGACGACCAAGAACAGCCCUUUCUCGGCAAGCAACAGCGGCUGAGGGACCACCGAGGCUGA